AUGUACUACGGCUUAUUGACCUCGUCGUCCAGCUUGACGACGCUACUGUUAUGUUCGUUUGGCGCUCUCGCUGCUGCCGCCGCUGCCGCUGACCACGGCGAUGCUGCGAGCCACAACUCAGUAAAGCAGGUUGCCAUCAUUGGUGCUGGUGCCGCCGGCUCCUCCACGGCUUACCAUCUCCGCAAGUAUGCCGACGAAGCAGGAGUGGCCGUCAACAUCACCUUGUUUGAAAAGACUGAGCGCAUUGGCGGUCGCACCCUAACGGUCGACGCUUAUGACGACCCAAUGCAGCCGGUAGAGCUGGGCGCGUCCAUCUUUGUCAACGUCAACCACAUCCUUUGGAAUGCUGCCCAUGACUUCAACCUCCCGCUCAUCGACCCGGGUCCCGAUGAGGACACCCUUCUGGGCGUUUGGAACGGCGACGAGUUUGUCUUUGAACAGGACUCCACGACGAGCUGGUGGUGGGAUGUGGCCAAGCUCGUCUGGAAAUAUGGCACUGCCCCGUACUACACGAGAAAUCUGGUCAAGGAGACCGUCGCCACCUUUCUGAAACUAUAUGAGGCACCCCAUUUCCCCUUCCGCUCACUCACCACAAGAGUAUACGAACUGGGCCUGCACAAAAUCACCGGCCUCACGGGCCAGCAGUUUCUGGAGGAAAAGGGGCUCUACGGUAUGUUUGCACGCCACCUGGUACAGACUGCCACUCGCGUCAACUACGCUUCUAAUCUAGCCUACAUCCAUGGGCUGGGUGCCAUGGUGUCCCUCGCAGCAGACGGGGCCAAGGCUGUCGAGGGGGGAAAUUGGCAAAUCUUUGCACACAUGGCUGGCUAUGCGAGAGCAUACGUCCACCUCAACACCUCGGUCGCGUCCAUCGGGUUGGCCAGUCGCAGCGACCCGUCUGCGCCGGCCUCCAAGUAUAUACUCAAGACGCGGGAGUCGACCAACGCUGCCGGGACCGUAGCCGAGGCUGAGCACAUUGAGUUUGAUGACGUCGUCGUUGCCACACCCUACCAAUUCAGUGGUAUUGAUCAUGACGAGAAUCUGCUGCAACAGCCCAUUGACGAGAUACCAUAUGUCACUCUCCACGUGACGCUAUUUGCCUCGCCUUUCCGCUUCAGCCCAGAGUUCUUCAAGCUGCAGCCAGGCGCGACAGUGCCCACAUCGGUGCUGACGACGCUGGCAGAUGAUGAAACGGCCCGGCCCGGCGCCGAGGCAGCUGGCAAGGCUGGUUUCUUCUCAGCGACGUUGGUGAGGACGGCCAUGAACCCGAGCACGCAGCGCCGGGAGAACGUGUACAAGAUAUUUUCGCCCGACAAGGUGACGCCCGAGUUUCUAUCCUCUCUGCUGGGAGUGCGAGUACCUGACACAUUCACGGGACCCGUCGAUGCCGAGACACGAGCAGAGUUCGACGUGGUAGAAGCGGUUUCGUGGAUUCACCCGACCGUGUUUCACCCGUACCCGCAAAAGCUCCCCCGGGUGACCUUCCAAGACCCCAUUUUGCGCGAAGGGCUUUACUAUACAUCGGGCAUGGAAAGUUUCAUUUCCACAAUGGAAACAAGUGCUCUAUCGGGAAUGAACGUUGCACGGUUGAUCAUGGAUGACUACUUGGGACUGGCUACCAAGCCCAAAGAUGAUCACAUUGCUGCUGCCAUGCUGCCAGAGGCGUGGGAGCAAAGAAUAUUGCAGCAGUAG